AUGAGCUCUCUUAACAAAACAAGCUCCCAAGGGAAGGCUGGCCCGGCUGGCCCUAGUAGCCAGGCGAUCCUUCUGGAAAAGCUUAACAGGCGCUCGACUCCCGAUUCCGAAGCAUUGGCGAGCUCCGAUGACGAAGCCGAAGGCCACCGUCAUGAGGUUCCCCCACUGCCCAUGCACCAGAAGCCGGUACGCAGGGCUUCGUGGCUCAAUGAUACGUCUCAGGCAGCAGCACGUCCAAGAAAGGGCUCCUUCGCCAGCAGUUCGAUGUCACCGACCGCCUCUCACCCGAGCACCCCUGCUGCCGAUGCCGGUACCGGUGCAUGGGGCACACACCCAGCACCAGGCAACAUCCUCGGCCGUGGCCACGCCGGCCCAAGCUCUUUUCCAUGGGGGACCGGGAUCUGGAACAACGACCGCAAGGAACCGCCUUCACGCCUCGCAGAGGUUUUGCCAUCACCUACCUCGACCCAUCCGCCCGGGUCUUCAGGCUCCUCCUUCUUUGGACCAGAAGCUCACCCAGGCCAGACCUCCCCAGCUCCCAGAGAGCAAGGGCCCAAUUCGCAAAUACCUUUCGCGAUCCCUCUACAUCCGACCCCAAAGACCUACCGCUCCCAGUCUUAUUCUGUGGGCCAGCUUGAUCCCGAUGUCGUUGGCCCAGCCAUGGGUAGUGCCGCGGCUCUAAACUCCCGGUCUGGGCGUACUAUUCCUCACUCUGGUCUACAGCACCGACCAUCGCGACCGAGCAUGCUGAGCGAGAUGUCCAAUGAUGGAGGCAUGCUGGGAAAGGUGAAGGAGGUCGAAGACGAUGAUGAGGAGGAUGCGGCUGAUCCACUUCACGGCCUUCAAUCACAGUCUGCGGAAGCCAAGGCGAUCGAGAUGUUGACGCGCGAGAACGCUCUGCUUCGCCAACAAGCGAGUCAGCAAUAUCACAAUGCACGGAUCAGGCCACGGGCCUCUACUGCUGCUACCUACGGUCUUGGCAAUGGCUAUGGGUUACAGGAAUCGGUGCCCGAGGAGUCUGAUUUUGCCAUAGACGAACUGGAGGAGGCACAGGAAGGCGGCGACCUGAGCGGGAAAAGAGCAGCAUAUCGAAGGAUGAGCGAAUUCGGCGGCGCAGGAAGCAUGCGUUCGCCCUUUACACUCGAGAACCGAAAGCUGGAGAACGUGAAGAAGGCCUUUUGGCAGAGCUCCCUUGGAUUUGGAGGUGUUGGAGAUGUUUCCCAGAGCAGACGGCACUCAUUUGCCGACGUGCCUACUAGGCAUGGGUCGAUCGGUUCCAUCGCCGACACUGUCAUCUCACACGAAGCUGUUUCUCAAGAGGCUCAGCACGCUCAAGACUUCGCCUCUCCGUUUUCUGACCCACACAACUUUCCCUCGAAUGCCCCGGCGUCAUAUUUCACAGGCGGCCCCGGAAUUGCCAACGCCCACAACAACUACCUCCCUGCAGCGUAUAGCAAUCCUUAUCAAGCCCCAUACAGUAUGCAGGCGCCAUUCUCAAACAGAUCCUCAUCCCCGCAUCGCAGCAUGUACGGGAUGUCGCAGCCGAAUCGGUCGACACCUCUGCAUGUCGUCUUGUUCAAAUGCGCCCGGGCCGAUGUGUUCUACAUUCAGGAGGGGACUGGACUGACGGUCAAACCUGGAGAUUUGGUCAUUGUGGAAGCCGAUCGCGGGACCGACCUGGGAACGGUCGCAGCGGACAACGUUGACUGGGUCGAGGCCAAACGUCUCAAAGAACAUUACGCCGAGGAACAAUACAAGUGGCUCAUGAUGUACUCGCAGACGGCUGGUGUGGCCCAGGACGGCGCAGGCGCUGGCCUGAUGGCCGCCACCAAUGGUCUUCAAGGCAGUGCGGUUGGUGGCAUGGGCCCGCCAGGCCAGCAUCAUAUGCAAGAGCCGAACUCAGGCGAGCUGAAACCGAAGCUCAUCAAGCGGCUCGCGCAGAACCACGAAGUUCAAGCGCUACGGGACAAGGAAGGCAAUGAAGCCAAAGCGAAGCGUGUGUGCAUGCAAAAGGUCAAAGAGCAUGGCCUGAACAUGGAAAUCCUCGACGCCGAGUUCCAAAUGGAUUGGAAGAAGCUGACGUUCUACUACUUUGCCGACUCGUAUAUCAACUUCAACUCACUCGUUACGGACCUAUUCAAAAUAUACAAAACCCGGAUCUGGAUGUCGGCAAUCAACCCGGCCUCCUUCGCAAGCCAGCCUCUCGGCCUGCAGGCCCCAAGUGGCAUAGGCCCUGGCGCUGUUGGUGUCGGACGGGGGCCCAACGGUUCUGAACGACGACCAGCCCCGCAGCAAGAGCAACAGCAGGCGGCAUUUGGCAGCACUGGUGCUGGUGCGACUCCCCGGCCUUUUGCGAUGUCCUUCAACGCAUCGUUCGGCGCUGAGAGGCCUAGUGCUGGAGGCAGCGGCUACGUGCCAUCUGGCUACCCAUAUACGCCGUAUGGCGCCUUUGGGGCUACGAACCGCCCUGCGAACAACUCAUAUGGGUCGCCGGUAGAACCAUUUGCUUCCGGUUAUCCCCAAGGAGCUGACUACCCAGGCUCACGUGGACGCUUCUCGAGCCCGCAAUCAGCUACCUCGCCCCAUGACCAGAGCGUCUCUCCACUUGCUGGCCCGGGAGACUGGGUCGGGUCUUUCCAGGGUCUUUCCCUCAACUCUCGCUGA